GCAGAAAAAUUUAUACGCAGUAUCCCAUAUUACAGUCUUUUGAUACGCACAGGGGUGUUCGUAAUAAUUAUAAAAAAUACUAAGCAACCCUUUGGAUUAAUUACCCGGAAUUUAACUUUUUAUCGUUCACAAUGAACGCAGCUUUCAUUUUCGCACUCGUGAUUAUCGCCGCGGUUUCGGCGGAGGAUCACCCCAGUCCGGCCACCAUCGCCAAGGACAACGAGCAUCUAUGGAUUGGAAAAUGGAAAUCAACGGGACGACAGGAGCAUUUUGAAGAUUUCAUGAAAGCUUUAGGUCUGCCGAAUCACGACGUCCACGAUCCGGCAACCACUCACGAGCUAUGGAAAGAAGGCGAUAAAUUCCACCAUAAAAUUGCCGCUCCGGAAGUCAACUAUAAGAAGCAUAUAUGUUUUAAGUUGGGCGAAGAGGGCAAAUCUUCUUACAACGGCACUGAAUUCACGUUCAAAUAUACCGAACAAGCGAGCACGGAUCUGACCAUGGACGUCACGAUGCCGGGAUACAAUAAGACCAUUGUGGAUAUUUGGCAUGUCGAUGGUGACGAAUUAGUUAAGACAUUCAAAGUCGCUCAGGUUGUUGCCAAACGCUGGUAUCAAAGAUUGUAAAUCAUUCAAUGCAAACACUAAAAUUUUGUACGGGAAGAAUAUCUGCUGCGAUUGCACCCGUAUUUUUCGUAGAAUUAUAAUUAAAUUUCAAUCAUGAAUUAUAACGCUGGCUAAUGUCUACGACCUAGUAAAAUUUAAUAACUGUAUACACGCUCUGCAUGCAGUUAAUGAACGGUUAAGUAUGGGCAA